AUGCGUGGUGAGUCACUUUUUGAACGUUUCAGGCAGCGAAAAUUCGCCAAAUUAGUCAAGAAUUGAAAAGUUUUCUCGCCAAAAAAGAAAAUGCAAAAUUUUUGAGUUUUUCAGGGCCAAACGAAGACUCGAACUAUUUGGAACGACACAAUGAUGAUUUGGUGAACGGAUUGUCGUCGAAAGUCGCAGCUUUGAAGCGUGUAAGUAAGAAAUUCAGAAAAAAAGUAAUUCCGCUAAAAAUCAAAAGAAAACUGAGUAAAACAGACAAAAACAGUAAUUUAUUUGUUAUAUGUAAGUACAAAACGGAGAAAUGUUGAGAAACUCGCCUCUAUUACAGAUUUCUGCAGUCAAAUUUCUGUAAGCAUUCAAUGUUUUCUGUUUUCAGGUGACAAUCGCGAUCGGUGAUGACGUGCGAGAGCAAAACCGCCUUCUGAACGACAUGGACAGCGAGUUCGACUCGUCGAAAAGCCUUCUCUCGUCGACAAUGCGCCGCCUGGGCAUUGUGAGUCGUGCCGGCGGAAAGAACAUGCUCUGCUACCUCAUCCUCUUCGCCCUCUUCGUCUUUUUCGUCGUUUACUGCCUCUCCCGCUGA